CAGCUGCUUGGAUCCACUCUACCCCAGGACGUUGUUGGACGUAGUAGCCCCCCCAAAGAUGUGCUGCUCGGUGGGAUUCGCGCGGUCCCUAGGCAUGGCCCUGGUGCCCCUGUCGUUAUGUUCCAUCGUGGCCAAUCUGCUCCUGUUGUUUCCGAUGGGGGAGAUCAGAUACUUGCAGGAAGAUCGACUGGCCCAGUUCAUCUGGUACUUUGGAGGACUUGGUGGAGGAGGAGUGUUGAUGCUGGUUCCCGCUGUCGUCUUCAUCACUUUGGGGAAAUGUGGCUGCUGCUGGAACGAGAGCCUCAUGAUGUGUGGCUCUGUGAUGGCGGCUGUGGUCGGUCUCCUCGGCUCCAGUUACUCCUUUGUGAUCUCGGGAUUCGCUCUGCUCCAGGGCCCCCGGUGCUUCACCGCGUUUGGAUGGAUCUACCCCUUCGACGACCAGACCGGGAGGUACCUUCUGGAGCCGGAGACGUGGUCGCGUUGUCUCCAGCCGCUGAACAUCGUGGAGUGGAACGUCACUCUGCUCUGCGUGCUCUUGGGCCUGUCCGUGUUGGAGUUCAUCAUCUGUCUGUGUCAGGUCGGCAGCGGUUUGGUGAACGCCGUGUGCCGACCCUGCUGCUACAAACAGGAGUACAGCCUCAACGCGUAGAAAUACAACUGACCUAAAACGGUAGUAUUUUAUGAAUGAAUGUCACUGUGUCUAGGGCUGGGCUGGACUCUGGUCAUGGGAGAGCAGUGCCACCUGUGUUCGGGGGGUGUAAUUGUUAAAAUGGCGGUUUAAACAGUUGCGAUUGGCUCGUGUGCACAACGUUAGCCGCGUAGCUCCAAUCAGACGGACGGUCAGCGUGUGUAAUGUGCGUGUAAUGAAUAUCCAGACAGAUCAGGCAGUGGACAGAGAGAUAAUCUACACCUAAAAAUAACUGCAUCAUCUUUAAUUUUGUUGCUUUGUCACAUUUAACAUUUUAUACAAGUUAGCAUUAGCAUUAGCAUCGACUAGUUUCCUUCUUUCCACUCCUUUUUGAGCUUGUAUACGAACAAAUCUGUGAGAUGUGCUCUGGUUGUGCCUGAUACGUGUGCUCGAAAUGAAUAGAUAAAUUAAAUUAAAAUGAAAAAUUACUCGGAAAUGGUCAAGCUAACUGUCUCUCUGACUGGAACUAGCCGCUACCGUUGUGCACAGAGCUAAGUAUCCAGCCGAAAUUUGACUUGUAUCAGUUUUUAGUUUCAGUUUUGUAUCAGGUAUUGUUUUUUUAUUACCUUUUCUACAAUCAUAAAACAAAAAAAAAACAAUUCGUAUAGCAUCAUAAACAUAUUGGUCGCUGUGGGCCGCAGUUUGGUGAUCGUCACAGUUGAUUUUUGACCGAGCCUUUUUACUUUUAAUAAGGCUUGAAACAUUAUUGAGGUUAUAGUGGUAGAAAUUAUUAAAUCUGUUGUUAAAAGUGCUGCUUAUGAUCAUUUGGCCAAUUCAGCAGGAAGCUUGCGGGCCAAAAAAUGUUUAAAAAUGGGCCGCAUUUUGCCCCUGGGCCAUACUUUGGACGCCCCCGUCUUACAUUCAGAUACAUACAAGAGAAAAAGUGUUAUUCCAGUUGUUGGUUGGCUGUUUUUUCUUUGCCAUGUCCAUUAUUGUAUUGUAAUUUUACCAGCUGAUUAGAGCCGACGCAAAAAGACGAGAAACGACCUGAGAGUUCACAGUUGUCAACAAUCUUGUACAUAGUAAAUCCUGAUUAUCUUUAAAUCCAAAAGGACUCAUUAUAACACGUGAAAAGUGUUCCUGGUAUUAAACUCAUCUGUGCCUGUUUUUCAUUUAUAGCUAUUUGUUCUUUGGUGUUGUACAGUAGAAAAGUGACGUAAAUGUUGAAUUCUACAUUGUAAGGUUUAAAUUAAAGCGCCUAUAUUACACAAAACUGACUCUUAUGAGCUUUAAAUCAUGUUAUAAUGCUGUUACUUCCUCAAAAACAUACCCAGACUUGUGUUUUGUUUCGUAAUAACUCUUUAUUAAUAGUCUGUCUACAUUUCCAAAGCUCAAAACGCUGUUGCACCUUGUGAUGUCAUGAAGUGGUAGUUUUCACAUUAACAGCUACGUUUUACCUGUAGAAGUUCAGUAGAGAUCGGAAAUUCCAGGGUUGAAAUGAUCCAAAUGAUUCUAGAAAUGAAGGUGUGUGGAGUUUAAAACACAGUGGAGCACUUCCUGUAUUACCACAUGAUGACAUCACAAGGUGGAACAGAGUGUUUUCUGUCUGAGAAGAGCCUAAAUUCACAGGGUUUAUGUGUUUUUCAAUGUGUGAAUGACACAAAACACAACUCCAGGUCUGUUUUUGAUUAGAAAACAACAUUAUAACGGAUCAGAAAAUAGUGUAAUACGGGCCCUUUAACUUUUCCCACUGUAAAUCCAGAUUACAUAUUGUUUUACAUUUAUUUGUUUGUUUUUGGGUUUUGUUUUUUGUUUUUUUUUCUUCGAAUUUAGACUUUUUAUAUAUUGUAGGAAAAUACUGUAUUUUUAUAAUGUCCAUUUGUGUUGAAGUGAAUUAAAAACAUUUUAUUUCUUUG